AUGAAACGUUUGAGAUCCCUAUAUGUAACUAUACUCAAUGACACGAGGUAUGGUUGCAGGAAAUUGUCUAAUGAGGUGUGUGAAGCAGUUUCAAGUUUGAUAUUUGCUGCUUCAAGACAAGGUGGCGUCAUCCCGGAGCUACAAAUUCUGAGAUUAUUUUUUCAAAGAAUCUUCGGACAAAAAUUUGAGAGGAUUAACGUCGAUCUACUGCCUGGAAACAAAGUGAACUCUGGAAUUGUACGGAAUCUCGACAUUAUUAAGACAGUAUCAGAAAAUGUGACCAAUGAAAUUAUAAGUGAAAUUUGGAAAGAGGUGAAGCAAAAUCCCGGAGCCCGUUUGAGUGAUUCUCCUUAUUAUGGUGUGGCGAGUGCAGAUGGUAUUGCAAGUUUUGCUGCCAUAAAAGGAGCUAAGAAAACGGCGAUUGUCCAAGAAAAGAAGGAAAAAGAUUUUGUAGCUGGUCGGAAUGAAAAGGUUACUAAAACAACUUAUAAGGUGAAUGCAUAUGAUGAUGAUCACAGGCAAGAAGAGCAUCUGCAAGGUGAAAAAUCUCCGGAAGCUAUCCCAAAAACUCCAAGCCAUGUUCAUCCUAAGCUUCCAGAUUACGAUGACUUGGUCCUCAAAUUUAGAAAUCUUAAAGGAUAG